AGUUGAGAGCGCAUUAAUAGAUAUUUCACACAUUUCACUAGCAGAGACAUCUUGCGUUAUUGAUAAAAUAAUGGGGUAUUUUCAUGUUUUACAUUGGCUCUGUUUUCUCUCGAUUUUAUUCGAGACCUUUGGUGAGACUCUACCAGAAAAACAAUCCAAUAAAAUGAUGUCAAGUGCCACGACUGGAAAAGACCUCUUUCUGGAUAUUCUGAAUAAGGAAAGCUUGGUGCGAUUGUCAAUGGUGCAAAAAAUUCAAAGUUUGACAAUGGAUGUCAUUGAUAAUAAAAACGAUGUCCAAGCUUGCAAGAGGAAUAUGAUUGACAUAAACAAGAAAUUGAAUGCACUGGAAACUAAAAACCAAAAACUGGAAGAAGAAAACGCUAGAUUGCAGAAAGUAUUUCAGACUAUUCCUGUCAAUGGAGACAGCGACAAAUACCUACAAGUGAUUGAUGGUACUCUGCAGAAGUUUUGGACCGUGUUCAAUGAAACAAUGGAAACUAUUCGCCUAGAACAAAAUGCAAGUAGCAGCCAACUGCUGAAAAUUACAUCUCAUCUCUCGGCAGGAUGGACACGAUUCGGAGACUCAGAAUAUUGGUUAGGAAAGCAGAAAGUCAAAUGGUCGACUGCAAUCGAAGAAUGUGAAAAGAUUGGAGCAAAACUUGUUGAGAUCGAGUCUUCAAGCGAGAAUAACUUCGUUCGCAUGCUUGCUCAAAAAUUAACAGUGAGUGUUUGGUUAGGUGCCACUGAUCGUGAGGUCGAGGGUCGAUGGCGAUGGGCACACACUAACUCACUCCUGACAUACAGUGACUGGGAUGUCUCGCACAACCAACCAAACAACUACAAUAAUCAGGACUGUCUGUGUCUCUACGUCCCCUACGGUCGCACUUGGUGUGAUGAACCCUGUGACAAGAGAGAUUAUCAGUACAUCUGUGAGAGAGAUGCUUUGUAACUGUUAAAUUCUUUUCAGGUUCUCUUUGUAUAUGAGUUUAUUAUCACAUUUUUUGUGUGAUAAAUUAUUGAGAUCAGAACUAUAGCCUGACUGCCCCAAGACAGAUCGAAAGAUGCAACUGAAUCGGUUUUAUGAACCUGCUCGAAAAUUAUAUAUUAUUCGUGGGAUUAUGUACUAGCAGCCUACGAGAGCUAUGAGAAUAAAUAUACGCUAGAUGUG